UUUGCUCUCGGCUCUCGGUUCCUCGGCCUCGGCGUGGCGUGCGUUCGGCAGGCAGUUUGGCUGCCAGUUGGUUCGUUGAUGAGUCCAUCCAUGAUCACUGGAAACGGUCCACGGGGCUGCCGUCUCCCCUCUAUCUCAAGCGCGACCCGCGGCAGAGAGCUGGAGAAGGUUCCAGAAAAAAGGGACUCUGGCAUGACCGAGGUGGAGAGGACCUACAGUGCUAACUGCAGUGAUUUUCUGGAAUCUAAGGGAUGUUUUGCCAAGACAGCAUCCUCUGGCAAAAGUGUCAGUUCCUCAUCUUCUGUGGAAACAGGCCCAAGUGUCCGUGAGCCUCCAGGCCUCCCCAGAGUGUCUGCUUACCUAGACACCACUGCUGACUUGGAUCAGAAACCCUCCUCCUCACAUUCUGGUCACUCCUCGGAAAUGUCACUGCCUCAAGUCCAAAAGGAUAAGUAUCCUGAGGAAUUCAGCCUGCUUAAGUUGCAGACAAAAGAUGGGCAUCGUCCUGAGUGGACGUUUUACCCGAGGUUUAGCAGCAACAUCCACACUUACCACGUCGGAAAGCAGUGCUUCUUUAAUGGAGUCUUCCUCGGCAACAAGAGGUCUCUAUCAGAGAGGACGGUGGACAAGUGCUUUGGGAAAAAGAAAUACGAUAUUGAUCCCAGGAAUGGAAUCCCAAAGUUAACUCCAGGGGAUAAUCCAUAUAUGUACCCAGAACAGAGUAAAGGCUUCCACAAAGCAGGAUCAACGCUCCCACCAGUGAAUUUUUCAGUAACACCUUAUGAAAAGAAAUUUGAUACAUUUAUUCCACUUGAGCCUCUUCCACAAAUUCCCAACUUGCCCUUCUGGGUGAAGGAGAAGGCCAACAGUUUGAAGAAUGAGAUACAAGAGGUUGAGGAGCUCAACAACUGGCAGCCAGCAGUGCCCUUAACUCUGCUCCUUCCUGGUAGGUUAAAGAACUUUCAAAGAAUAGUGUAA